CGUGAGGGCGGGGAGAGGCCGCCGCCAUCUCCGGGUACCGCCGCUCCGAGAGCGGCCGGGCCGGGCAGCCGGGCCCGCCGUGGGGCCAUGAGGAGCCGCAGCAACUCGGGGGUGCGCCUGGACGGCUACGCCCGCCUGGUCCAGCGGACCAUCCUCUGCCACCAGAACCCGGUGACGGGGCUGCUUUCAGCUGGGGCCGACCAUAAGGAUGCCUGGGUGCGGGACAACAUCUACAGCAUCCUGGCCGUGUGGGGGCUGGGCAUGGCCUAUCGCAAGAACGCGGACCGGGACGAGGACAAAGCCAAAGCCUACGAGCUUGAGCAGAAUGUUGUGAAGCUGAUGCGGGGACUCUUGCAGUGCAUGAUGAGACAGGUAGAUAAGGUAGAGAAGUUCAAGCGCACUCAGAGUACCAAAGACUGCCUCCAUGCCAAGUACAACUCUGCAACUUGUGCCACGGUGGUUGGGGACGACCAGUGGGGGCAUCUACAAGUGGAUGCAACUUCCCUCUACCUGCUCUUCUUGGCACAGAUGACUGCAUCAGGGCUACGUAUUAUCUUCACCCUUGAUGAGGUUACCUUUAUCCAGAAUCUUGUUUUUUACAUAGAAGCUGCCUACAAAGUUGCUGAUUAUGGAAUUUGGGAACGUGGUGAUAAGACAAACCAAGGAAUCCCUGAACUAAACGCGAGCUCCGUGGGAAUGGCCAAAGCUGCUUUGGAGGCAAUUGAUGAACUAGAUCUUUUUGGAGCUCAUGGAGGACACAAAUCAGUGAUUCAUGUUCUUCCUGAUGAAGUGGAACACUGUCAGUCUAUUCUGUACUCCAUGUUGCCAAGGGCAUCCACAUCCAAGGAGAUAGAUGCUGGCCUUCUGUCUAUUAUUUCUUAUCCAGCUUUUGCAGUGGAGGAUGUAAACCUUGUUAAUGUAACCAAGAGUGAAAUCAUAUCCAAAUUGCAGGGCCGCUAUGGCUGCUGUCGCUUUCUCCGAGAUGGUUACAAGACACCCAGAGAGGAUCCAAGCAGGCUGCACUAUGAUCCUGCUGAGCUCAAGCUCUUUGAGAAUAUUGAAUGUGAAUGGCCAGUAUUCUGGACAUACUUCCUAAUUGAUGGAAUAUUUAAUGAGGACAAAAUCCAGGUACAAGAGUACAGAGAGGCUCUGGAAGGAAUACUUAUUAGAGAGAAGAAUGGAUUAGUGCUAAUGCCUGAACUGUAUGCAGUCCCUCCAGAAAAGGUGGACGAGGAGUAUGAAAAUCCUCACUCGGUGGAUCGUGUCCCAGUGGGAAAGUUGCCCCAUCUUUGGGGCCAAUCAUUGUAUGUCCUGAGCUGCCUGUUAGCAGAGGGAUUUCUUGCUGCAGGUGAAAUUGAUCCCUUAAACAGGAGAUUUUCCACAGGAUUUAAACCUGAUGUUGUGGUACAAGUAACUGUUUUGGCAGAAUCUAAUCAAAUUAAGACUCUGUUGCAAGAGCGUGGAAUCAAUGUUCAGAGCAUUGCUGACAUCCAUCCGCUCAGGGUGCAGCCGGCUCGCAUCCUCAGCAACCUCUACACCCUGCUGGGCCGGAACAAGAACAUGAAGUUAAGCGGCCGACCACACCGGCACAUUGGAGUGUUGGGCACCUCCAAGCUCUACGUGAUAAGAAAUCAAAUAUUUGCUUUUACCCCUCAGUUUACUGACCAGCAUCACUUCUAUCUGGCUCUAGACAAUCAGAUGAUUGUGGAGAUGCUCAAGACAGAGCUGGCUUACCUCACUUCUUGCUGGAGGAUGACAGGGAGACCAACCUUGACAUUUCCCAUCACCCACACAAUGCUUGUUGAUGAUGGUACUGACAUUCAUCCAGCAGUUCUUGCCACAAUAAGAAAAUUAGAAGAUGGUUAUUUUGGAGGUGCAAGGGUGAAGAUAGGCAAGCUAUCAGAAUUUCUUACCACCUCUUUCCAUACAAAUCUGAGCUUCCUGGAUCCAGAUUGUGACCUAAAACUGUUUGAUGACCGUAAUGACAACUGUAAUAGUCCUGACAGUGAAUAUGGAGACUACCCAGCAGAUUUCUGUGAAAAAGAUAGCCAGGAUGAGCUGGAUCAGUAUAUAAAUGAUGUCCUGCAGAGCACAGCCCUGAAGUCAUACCUGCCUCCAACUUCAAAGACAACAACUGAACCUCCUGUGUUCAGUGCAAACCAUUCCACAGAGGAGAUACUGUCAAUAAUGGCCAAGACAAAGGGCUUGGAAGUUCCAGCUGUGUCUAUGUCUCUUCCCACUAAAGUUCUGAACACACACCGAAAGUCUCUGAAUCUUGUUGAUAAUCCUCAUUUCUUUGGGACAAAGGACCAUGAAAAUGUUUUGCACUUACCUAAAGAUGCUCAUGGUGAUUUGGAUUGCAGGAAGCUUGUUGAUCAGCUGAAGGAAUGUCCAACACUCCACGAUCAAGCAGAUAUUUUGUACAUCUUGCAUAUACUCAAAGGUGCUGACUGGGACACACAGCUGGAUGGACAGUAUGGGGUCACUGUCCACUGCCUCCUCAAUGAGCUCUACAGGAAGGCAGGCCUCAAUCAGGAGUGGGGCUUAAUCCGUUACAUUUCUGGCAUACUCAAAAAGAGAGUUGAAGUCCUGGCUGAGGCAUGCACAGACCUUCUGUCACACCACAAGCAACUUACAGUGGGCCUGCCCCCAGAACCCCGUGAGAAAAUCAUUACCACCCCUCUGCCCCCUGAGGAGCUCACAGAUCUCAUUUACGAAGCCAGUGGCCAAGACAUCAGCAUUGCAGUCCUGACACAGGAGAUAAUCAUGUACCUGGCCAUGUACGUCCGCUCCCAGCCCAGCCUUUUUGUGGAGAUGCUCCGGCUCCGCAUUGGUCUGAUAAUCCAGGUGAUGGCCACCGAGCUGGCACGGAGUCUCAAAUGCUCAGGUGAAGAAGCUUCAGAGAGCUUGAUGAAUCUAAGCCCCUUUGAUAUGAAAAGUCUCCUACAUCAUAUUCUCAGUGGGAAAGAGUUUGGAGUGGAAAGAAGCUUGCGACCUGUAGAUUCUUCUUCAUCCAGCCCUGCAAUUUCUAUUCAUGAGAUGGGGCAUUCUGGAGCAACCAAAACAGAAAGAAGUGGUAUUACUAAAUUGAAGAGUGAGAUGAAGCAGGUUCUGCUUCUUGAGGAAUGGAGGAUGAUUACUGCUAGAAUUUAUACAUACAUAUUCAAGUCCAAUAGUUUAAAUUAUACUUCAACUGAGUAUAUGGAGAGAUCACAGAAAACACAACCAAAAUACUCUGAAUGAAUGUGACUGAUGGUUUUGAGUGAUUCAAUUUCUCUAUUUUGUGUCUCUAUCAGAUAUAAUUUUCUGUUGCUUUAAAUAAAUAGGAAGGUAGUGGUCAAAUAAAAUACAUUUGUAAGAAUGGUUUUAUUUUUCCUCAUGGGUUAUUCAAACUAGGGAGAGAAGGCACCAAGAGACCUUAUUGCAGCCUUGCAAUAUAUAAAGGAGGCUUAAAGGAAAGAUGAAGAGAUGCUUUUUGCUAAGGCCUCUAGUGACAGGAUUAGGGGCAAUAGUUUGAAACUGAAAGGGUGGGUUUAGAUUAGACACAAGGACACUUUUUUAAUGAAGGGGGAGAGGCAGUGGAACAGAUUGCCCCAUGAAGUUGUGGAUGCCCUGUCCCUGGAAAUGUAUAAGGUCAGAUUGGAUGGGGCUUUGAGCAGCCUAAUCUAAGGAAAUAUUUGAUGUUUUCCUUUGACUGAUGAAACAGAUUGAAUAAACCUUCAGAAAGGAGUGGCAUUUUUACAUGGUCUUAACAUGAAGCAUUUUCUGGUGGCAGUAAAGAUUAGUUAAUGAUUCUUCAUGGGACGUGGUCAGGCAGGGAAGCAGAGACCCCAGCCCUGGUGGCUGUGUUUGAGCUGUGCCACUGCUGCAGCACCAUCAUGGGUGUGGGGAGGCUGUGAAGGCGCUGCUGGCUCUGCUGCACUGGCCCGAGUUGGCCUUGGAGGUCAGUCUGAGCAGGGCUCCCAGUCAAAUGGUGUGUCUGGAAUCGGGGCCUUUCCGGGAAGGAGGAGGGACACGGCACUAGAUGGCAGCAUUAUUUUGCUUGAAACACAGAGGUGGGCCUGAGCUGGAAUACUUGGACCUCUCUUGACAUUAUGAACACAGUUCCUUUGUUGCUUUCACAUUCCACAGAAACUUGGUAUUUUGCACAGAGGAGGAGUCGGCUGGGUUUAUUUUUGUACCCCCCCUCCACUUUGCCCUUCCUGCUGCUUCCUGCCACAUCUCACUGCAUUCUCUGAAUAAUUGACCAGUGGCUAAUGCAGUGACACUUUGGCAGGGGGUUGGGUGGGGUGGUGCAGAAUACACUUUGUUAUUACAAGGAAUAUUUCAAGUACUUGUACUAACAUCUCUGGAGUGUUGAGCAAAUGCAGCUCCCUCUUUUGUGGCUGUUCUUUCUUCAGUCAGAACCAUUAACAAUGAAUGUGAAGACAUGGCUUGGGGUGGGCAAUUAGAGGAAAGUGCUCAAAGUCUGAGGUGCUGCAUCCACAUUUCAGCAAAAAAUUGCCUUGCAGCUUUUUGUUUAGUGCUGUCCAUGCAGUUGGCAGCCUUCUGUCUCUCCAGCAAGAUGACCUUCUCAUGCCAAGAGAAGCUGGUGGCAUUGCAACAAAUGGGGAAUGGAAGUAGGGAGCUCAGUUUUUCCCUCAGCCCCAAGCCACAGGAAGCUUUUGCUUGCAUCUUAAUCUGGUUUUUGUGCUGGCCACGCUGGGAGCUCCAUGGGUGGCAUGGGCUGCCAAACAGGCUCCUGGCAUGGUGGGCUCUGCCUCAUGGUGGCCCUGGGAAUCAGCAGCAGCUGCCCUGGUAUCAGCUGCAGUGCAGCACUGCGUGAGGCCAGGGGUUGCUGCAGUUUUUGCCUGAGUACCUGAGGUUAUUCUGUAUUUCUUCUCCUUGCACCUGUGUGUUACCUAACCUUGUCUGUGUUCUGUUCUCCUGCCUGUCUGACGUUGGUGUCUGGUUUUGUUUUGUAGUUCUUUCAUGAGGGGCACUCCAUGUCCAGCAGCAUGUUUGCUUCCACGGUAAAACACCAUCUGUAGCUCUGCACCUGCUCUUCACCCUGUGUUUGUGUGGAAGGGUCUUGGUUCUAGACACCUCCUGUCUUCUCCUGCCUAAAACCUUGGUUUAAAACCCUUCCUCUUUGUCUUGUCUCCAUUGGGAACCAAUUCUUAUUAGUAAUGUCCUAAUAGAAGUUGAGUCUCAUGUUUAGACACACUUAGUUCUUCUGCAGCUUAAGCAGUUGUAGCAGACAAAGUCUAUAGCAGAUUUAGCUACUUGAUAGUGGAUUGUUACAGGUGUCUUCAGCAUGUAAAAGUAAUGCAGUGUUGAUAAAUGCUGACAGCCUCUGGACAGUGGGGAGCCCAGAACAGCUUCCAGUUGCAGAGAUAGGGGUUGCAUGGGUAUCUCUUCAAGAAGUCAUCUUCUUUCAAGGCAGAGAACUGUAGCUCUUCCUAAGUUCUCACUGUCUGCAUCUUCUGACUUACUGUCAGUGGCACACCUCCCAAACGCCCUAAAAACACAGCUGCAGAGCAGGGAGUUCUGUCUGGCGUGGUCAGUUUGCAGGGCAAAGGAACAGCAAGGAUUGGAACAUCAAAGGAACACCAAGUGUGCCUCAUGGACAUUAGUAGUAGUGGAAAUGGACUGUUUGCUGCUGGGGACUUCUUUGCAGAGCUUGGCUAUGUAGAGUCUAUGAGCCUGCAGUUUCCAAACAUGCAGUUUGCAGUCAUUCUCCUCCUUCCCCAUAACAUUGCUCAGGUAGCUUCUUAUUUGGAGAUAAGAGGAUUUAAGAUGGCACUUUCAGAGAAGUCCUUUAUGGGCUGAAAGUAGCAGGUAUCAAAAGGGUAGGAGAACACAGAAGAGUACAGUCUCUGGGAGUGCAAGGAAUGGGCAGACUGUGUGUGUGAAAAUCACAACAGCAAUUUGGUGGUAGUGCCCUGAGUUUGAAAAUUAUCUGCUGCCUAACUUAGUGUUCAGACCUGGUAGAGUAAAAUAACAGAGCAACAAGGGCAAUAAAGGAAACAAGGCUAAUACAUACAGACAGGCAGGCAUGAUGAUUUUGGGGCUUCAUCAAGUCAAUUUUUAAUCUACUUACUUUAAUGGAGCUUUUGCAUGAGGGCCUCUCUUGCUGGAUUUAUGAUGCUUUGAUACUUUUACAGCACUGAGCCCCAUGUCCAAGUGAGUGGGACCUCCCUGCAGAUCCCCCACCUUGCACACCAGUGACACUGCCCUGGAGGCAGCUUGGGCUUGUUAAAAUAGUCAGAUGUUGCAUUAAACCAAGCAGUGAAGUUGACUGGGUUAUGCCACACUGAAGUGCUUGCCUGCUUUGUUGAGAAAUGAUGGAAGUACUGGAGAAAUGAAACUUGUUGCAAAGGGGAGAGAUGGGGGUGAAGGAUCAGUCCCAUCCCAUCAUCCUGUACGACACCAAGGCCUGUAUUUUUUCCCUGGUUCCCAGGCAGCAUUAGAACAGAAAAGUAUUGGCCAGGAGUGGCACUUGGGAUGGUAGAAAGCAACUAACCCAAG